GCAGGACUGCGAGAUUUCACAGCCGAAGACUCGUCUACGUCAGCUCUUAUUAAGAUGAGCGAUCUGAGUCCUCAAACAGCAGAAACUAUCGACAGAGAGAUUAACCAAGUUCUAGCAGACAGCUACCAACGGGCAAAAGAUAUUCUUGUAAAACAUCGGAGAGAACACCAGCUUCUAGCUGAAGCGCUCCUGGAAUACGAAACGCUGUCAGCAGAGGAGGUUAAGCAGGUCAUAGCCGGAAAGAAGAUAAAGCGUCCAAAUCCAGCAGAGGUGCGCAGAAGCACUGACAGUCUCCACCACAAUCCGCUUGUCCGUAUUCACAUAUUCGAAGAGGGCAGGAAAUAA